GUAAGUAUAGUAUUUAAAGGGACUUGUCAUUUGGGUAUAAUUGGACUUUAAGGAAGGCCAAAGGGAUGCAGGAUUUGAAUUUAGCAAAAGUUUAAAGUACCUAGCAACAUUUAACAAUGGUUCAGGAAACAGUGAGGAAAAGAAAAAACGAUGCACUAACGGAAAAGAAGCAGGCCACCAAUGAUAAUAAAACUGAAAGUGAUGCUGUCGAAAAUGAAAUUAAACCAAAAUAUGGGCCACACGUCACUUUCUCCUACCAAAAAGUGUGGACUCGCUGCGUAUUGAUCUUGGCAAUAAUGUUUAUUGUAUGGUAUCAAGGAAAAAACGGCAAGGAAAUAUUUUUAGCUAAGCAGAAACAAGUUCUCAUCAAUCGUAGUGUCAAUGUCGAAUGCUCCAACGAUUACAGAAAUGAGAUGGAAAAAUUUCCUGGAUGUGUUCCUAAAAAGUGUGGCAGAGUAGUCUCUGACAAAUUAGUCUCAGGCUCUGAAGUGGACGUUCUCUUGAAAUUGGCUGAAAAUACAUUUAAACUUGCUGGAUCUGAUGGGGGUGCUAGCAUCUUAGACUUACAGAGCGGGGCCUUGAGUAAGGGCAGUAAAUUUAUAAAUGUCUAUGCUCUCGAUGAGGCUCAGAAAAUUUUUGAUAUGACUGAUUUUGUCAUUUACAAAGUUGUAAAAACAAAAAUACAACAUGCUAUAGCUAAUCAUUUUGGUAUUGAUGUCAGCAAAAUUCAUCUGACAAAGCCAACAUUUUUUUCACAAAUAACUAAUCUUCCUGCCAAGUCAAUACACGAUGAAUAUUGGCAUCCACAUGUUGAUAAAGAGACAUAUGAAUCCUUUCACUACACAUCUUUGCUCUAUUUAAGCGACUAUGGCCGAGAUUUUGAAGGUGGCAGAUUUAUUUUUAUAGACACUAACAAUGUAAACACUACUAUAGAGCCUCGAAAGGGUCGAGUUUCAAUGUUCACGUCAGGUAGUGAAAAUUUACAUGCAGUUGAAAAAGUCACCUCAGGAACGCGUUACGCACUCACUGUAUCGUUUACAUGUGAUAGUCAGUUUGCUGUCUCUGAUCCCAACUUGAAUUUGUUGAAACGCACUGUUAUAUGAACUAUUCGUUGAGUGAAUUACGAACGUUGUUACCGAGGAUUUCGAUUAACAUGACAUCGUUAUUAUCAUUUAUAAACAUGAUAAAGUAUUAUUAUGAAUGUUAGCAUUUAAACAUAAGUAUUAUUUGUAAGACUUACAAUGCACAAAUAUUUUUUUGCAUUUACUUAAAACGCAAUAAUUUAUAAUAUUGCAAUGUAUAUUUUCUAAUUCCAGAGUAGAUUAAAAUCCCUUGAAUAAACCCAUGAUUUAAAAAUUUUAAGCAUAUUUAAGGAGAUACGAGCUUAAAAAAAUUAAUCGUAACUACUCCCAAAUAGAUUCGUUGAAUGAAAAAAUGAAUCACGGUCUUUAACGGUUAUUGACAGUUUUGUACAGUAUUUAAAAAACCACCAUACGUCUCAGCUGUCAACUUAUAAAUUUUUUUUCUUUUUUUCUUUUUUUUGUGAAAGAGGAUGAAAUAAUCGUUCUGUAAUAUUAUGUACUUAAGCAAAAAAUAAAAAGGCAAUUUGUAUACAGAAUGCAAAA